GCCUGUGCCUCACACAGCAUCUUCUUACCUUAUCUGUCCCUUGCACAACUGCAUGUCCCUACCCUCCUCACAGCACAGCCAGCAGGCUCCAUCCCAAACUGCAGCAGACUCUCAAGCUCUAACUCAAACUGCAACUAGCAGCCAGCUAUACCACUCUUAUAACACCCAAACUCAUUGGGCAGGCACAGAUCUCUCCACUCUCAGUAAUCAGUACAGCUGUAAUUCACUGGGAGAGAUUGCCUUCUGGACUAUCCUUUCAACCUAUCUUCCCACAAAUUGCCCCUUUUUUAUUUAAGGUAAAUUGCCAUUAUGAUAUGUCCACAUAUUUCACCUCAGACUAACACUUAUACAAUUGUUUGCAAUAAGGACAUGUUGACAUUUUUCACUUCAGACUACAGUUAUAAAAUUGUUUGGGCAACACAUUACAAUAAGGACAUAUACUUCAAAUCCUAGUUCUUAAAUAUUCCAAGUAGUUUUCCUAGUUUUGCUUUAUGGCUGUUUCUUUCACCAAGUUCUUAUAUAAGAGAUAGCUGCCUGCAUGCUGUAGAUUAUCAUAGGGUUUUUUUAGAUUGAUCAGAUAUUUACCUUUCCUCAGAGCCAAGAGUUUUUUCUUAUUACUUAAGUUGCUCCUCACGUAUAACCAAAUUAUUCCAAUUUCAUUACCCACAGUGAAUGUUUAUAGUAGCAUAACAACCACAUAAAUACUUCAGUUGUACCUUUUUCAGCUUUGUUGCUUUUGUGAAGUUGCUUUAAUGAACUCCUGUCUGGGAGAAACAUAUUUUGACUUGGCCCUUAAUUCAGCCUUUUUGGGGACACAGAAGCAGCUCAAGCAGGCUCUACUUCAGGGACAGGCACAUUCUCAAGCUGAACCUCAUUUUUCUGUUCUUCCCCAUUAACUUCAAUUCCUUACUUUGAUUCCUCUUUUGCCUCCUGCACUGUUUCCAUUCCUUUAAAGUCUCAUAGGGUAAUUUCCAGGUGGUAACCAAAUUUGUAGCUGCCUUGUCCCCUUUGGAUGCCACAUCCCACAGUCUUUCCCUAACUUCUUUCCAUACUCUAGCACUAAAGGCAGUACUUGCAUCUUUUUUUUAACACCUUUUUUUCUUUUUUUCCCCAAAGUUUUUCAUAUAGAUAAAACAGUCUGUUCCCAGUGGCUCACCUGAAUAACCAUCCCUCCAGGUGCCAAAAUCAAUCAGGUCCAGACCAGCAGCUUCCCUGCUGGUCUCAGCUUCACUGGGCUCCAUCUCUGGCUGUACCUCACCCUACAGCACAAGUCCUGAUCAUUACUUUGGAGUCACCACUAUGUAGUAAUUAUGUCAGGAUAGACUGGACUGGCAUCACCACCAGUCACUUAUUAAAAACUUUUCCUGCCUUCUCUCAGUGGACUUCACUCAGACAACUCCACACAUUACUGACUCUUUUUCUUACAGGCUGCUCCCCACAGGUCUGAUACCUUUUUUCUUUUUCACAAUUUCCCUUCAACAUGACUAGCUAACCCAAAUCUGUACCUUACCCAGCCACCUGACCCUGUCUGUCCCUCACACAGCAUCUUCCUACCUUACCAGUCCCUUCUGUGACCACUUACCUGCUCACAGUGCAGCCAACAAACACUGAGACCCACACACUAACUACAACUAGUGGCCAGAUAACCCACUCUUUUAUAAAAUAACCAGCCUCAUUGAGCAGGCAAGGCUGUUUCACCUUCCUGGUAAUCAGUACAGCUGUAAUUCAUUUGGAAAGAUUGCUUUCUGCACUAAACUUAAGACCUAACUUCCCACACAGAGAGAGUGCAACUCUAACAUAGCCAGAGUGGUAAAACCAUUUCUGCUUGCCCUAUAACCCCACCAUGCCUUGGGGACCAACAGCGGGACAGGGCACAGGGAGAUCCAGCAGGAUGGGAAUUGAGAGCUCCUGGUGAUCUGAGUACUUUCUCCUUCAUGUCACUGACCUGGGAGGAGCUGCUUUAGGACAUGGAUCCCAAAGAAGCAAGAGGUACCAGGAAGCACUGCUGAUCUGCACAGACCCCCUGUGCCUGCUGCUGCCCCACACUAAUUAGGGACCUAGGAGGAACUUCUUCUGGACAUAGAUCCCAAAGGAGCAAGAGGUACCAGGAAGCACCGCUGAUCUGCACAGACCCCCUUUACCUGCUGCUGCCCCACAGUGAACAGGGAGCUGCUCAGGAGCCCCAUGGUCCAUCCGUGGAUUCUCCAACCACUGACUCCCAUCCACUCUGACCACAGCCAGGAGCCACAUCCCACUGCCUGCCCAAUGUCCAUCCAUGGAGGUGACCACCGUGUCCCCAUCUCCUGCCUCACCCACUGAAGGAGAUGAUCUUUGUGAGACAGAUGUCACUGAUGUGGCCAUACACAGUGUGACACUGCUCAUCUGCCUCUGUGGGCUGGCUGGGAACGGGGCUUUCCUCUGGUUCCUCAGACCGACAGCCCGGAAUUCUGAGAUCUUUGACUUGGUUGUCGCUGACUUCCUCUUCCUUCUCUUCGUGGUGCCCUCUGCCUUCCUCUUCCUGGUGGAGGACAUGUCCUGCUCUCCUGUCAUGCCCCUGACGUACGUGAGCUUCCUUUUCCAGCUGUCAAUGCUCUCCUUCUACUGGGGCCUGUACCGGCUGACGUGGCUCAGCGAUCCGUUUGAUGUGUUCGAACUAUGCGUGCUCUACUGCCGCUGCAAUCCUCCUGAGCGCCUGCUGUGGGUGGUGAUCAGUGUCCGAGACUGGGCCUUCUUUGCUCUCUUCACUGUCAUUCCCACUCUGGCAUCCCUGUGCCCAUCCCACGAGCAGGAGCAGUGCAGGGCAGCUCUCAUCUCCAUCUACACCAUCAUCCUGCUCCUCUUUGUUGUCCCCAUGUUCAUAUCCCGCACAAUUGACAUCAUCAAGGCCACUUGUGGCUCUAAGAAACAGCAAGACAAGAAGCGACACAUCACUAUCUCCGUUGUUGUGUUCUUAACUAUCCUCCUCAGCAUGUGGAAUUUCCUGCAGCAGCUUGGAUAUUUCCUAGUGCCCACCCAGGUUGUUUUCCUGUUCAACUGCAUCCACAGCAGCAUCAAACCCUUCAUCUACUUCUUGGCAGGGAGGUGCUGGAGUCCCUGCUCCAUGGAGUCCCUCCAGCUCUCCCUCCAGAGGGUCUUUGAGGAGAAGAAAGAAAAAACUGCCUGUAGAAAUGAUGCCAACACAGAUACUGUGGUCUAAGCCUGUUGAUCCUUUCUACUGCUCUGCUGAAGGACCUCAGCACAGGUUUCCUUGAGUUGCCCGAUUAUUAAAUACCCACAGCAUCACCCUCCCUGUGCUGGUGUAUUCCUGCAGGAGUAGGGAGCAGGGGCAUUGCCAGGGGCAAUGUGGGAGGGAUGCUUUGCCAUAGAGCACAUUGGAGCAUGGCUUUCCUCCUCCCUGCUGUGCCCAGCUCUAUUCCACAUGGAAUGACCCUCAUUGCUUCAGUCCCAGGGAAUGAACUCCAUCCCCUUUGAUCAACCAGAUGAGUUUCAUGGUGUUUUGAGGGAUCUCUUGCCUGCACAGAAUGUGACAUGUUAAGGAACAGGGACACACCACCACAGGGCAGUUAUUUCCCAAAUGCCUGCUGUGCUGGUGCCUCUGGAUGGCAGGAGAGGGGUUGGGAUCACACGGAGCCUGCUUCCCCUUCUGUCCUCCAGAGCUAACCCUGCAUUCCCAGCUGAUGGGAAGAGACACCAGGUAGGACUGCAGAGAUGGGCAGGGACAGCAACAUUCCCUUGUACUUUCAGUGGAAAUUUGUCACAUUCUUUAAUUCCAGAAUUAAAUCCUUCUGAGUAAAGUGCAGGCUCCAAUGUGACCUCCCCUGAACCCUUGUGCCUGUGACCAAAAAGAGCUUUAAGCAUGGAAAUUCACAUCAGCAGAUUUUUGGACUAUUUAAUGGCACAGAAAUUUGGGGUUAUGCUGCUGUUCUGCAGAAUGGGGCCAUUCUCUGGUUCCCCUACAUCAAAGUCCAAGGAAGCCCUUGACCACCUCCAUCCUAAACCUGCCCAUCGUCAGAAGGAGCUGAACAAGGACUCUGCACAGAGCUUCAGCCAAAAUCCAUCUUUGUCAUUUUGUUAAUACCCAUGUGUCAAAUUUUGGUUUAUUUUUUUGAUGUGUUUCCACUGUGAUAAUUCUGUCCUCAGAAUUUGUUGAUUAAACAACAUCCAGGCUUCUCUGCA